ACCGUUAGAAUUUCUAGUUAGUUAGAAUAAGGUUACAACGAAGGCAGCGAGGAAGAGAGGAACAGUUGUGUGUCCUGCCCGCAAGCUCAACACAUCUCCUCCUCCUCUUCCUCCGUCAUCUCUCUAACAUAAGACAAAAUGGACAACCUCGAUAAGGACCAGAUUGCAGCCCUGAGGAAGGCCUUUGAGUCCUUCGACAUGGACGGCAAGGGUUACAUCACCCCGGAGACCGUGGGCACCAUCCUGCGUAUGAUGGGCGUCAAAAUCUCUGAGAAGAACCUGCAGGAGGUUAUUGCAGAGACUGACGAAGACGGUUCCGGUGAGCUCGAGUUUGAAGAGUUCUGUUCUCUCGCUGCUAAGUUCCUGAUUGAAGAGGACGAGGAGGCCCUGAAGGCUGAGCUGCGUGAGGCCUUCCGUAUCUACGAUAAGGGAGGUGACGGUUACAUCACCACUGGCACCCUGAAGGAAAUUCUGAGGGAACUGGACAACAGACUGACUGAGGCUGACCUGGACGGCAUCAUUGAGGAGGUGGACGAGGACGGCUCCGGCACCCUCGACUUUGAUGAGUUCAUGGAGAUGAUGAGCGGUUGAAGAGAACAUCAGAGGACGCCAACAGUUGCUCUAUCUCUUAUCAUUACCUCCUAUCGUAUCUUCUUCCUAUCUUUUUAGUUUCUUUAGAGGUUAACUUUCAUCUCUGGUAAUUAUUAUAUCAUUUCCAUAUUUUUUGAUUAAUACCACUCUCCGUUUUUCUUUGUUCUUUGCCACUCCUACUUCUCUCUAGUUCUUUUUCUCUGACACAUCUCAUCUCUCAAACUAUUCCAGUCUUCCUUCUCGUACAAACACACAUCUCACUUACACAUCUAAUAGUAAAUUGAUCUCACACGAAUAUCUCUACCAAACUCAGACGUUGAUAACUCACAUAUAUCACACCCAGCGCAAAACAAUCGUAUGUAUCUAUGUAGUUGGCCUACCUUACAAACUAUGGCUAUGCGUGCCAAGAAUUUAGAUAUAUCUUCGUCCUGUAUAAGAAUUUCGUGUGGUAGACUUAACCUGCAAUGUAAUAUAGAUUAUAUAAACAGUGUUCCUUCUCUAUUUAUAUGAUAAUUCAUAAUCCAUCUACGUAAGGGAUGAAUGGUUUGCAUACAAAUAUAGACAGUAUUUGCUUCACAAUACCACCACAUAAUCUAUCUUUGUAGAAUCUAACACCUUACCUAGACCUUAGAGUGUUUUCCAUAUACUUACUAUACAUACUCCAUUAAAGUAUUUAAAGGCAUAUAUUCCAUCUGUGUUAAGUAUUAAGGUCACAAAGGUCUAUGUAGCACUGGUUAGGGCAGCCACAGUCAACAUCUAUUACGAGGCCUCUCGGGAACUCCUAGCUAUCUUUUUACUGGCUUGCCCAUGGCGCGAAUAAAACUUGUGAGGGAGUUC